UGGAGGCUGGGCUGAGGUGGCGGUGUAUAAAUAGUGUGCUCUCAAAAACACAGUCAUAACAGCAGGAGUGAUCUCACGACGGAGCGCCCGACGAGCAGACGGCUAAGGUUAUAUAGGUAAUUUUAAAGUGGAUUUCCGUGCUCAGGACCACUGAACGGCCAUGGAAGAACUUACGGCGUUCGUCUCGAAAUCUUUCGACCAGAAAACCAAGGAGAGCAGUAAGGAGAGUAUCACGUAUAGGGAAGUUUUGGAGAGUGGCUUGGCGCGGGCGAGGGAGCUAGGGAACUCGGAGACAAGUCUACAGGACAUAACGGAAGGCAGCAACCACUGUCAAGUACAUCUAUUCAAGGAGCACGUAGAGCUAGAGAAAGAAAAACUCAAGGAGUUUCAUGUUUCAAGGGCCACAGAAGGGAUAUAUGAGUGUAAAGAGAAGAAGGAGGACGUGAAGUCUGAGGACGAAGACGCGCAGAGCAAACUGAAGCAGCGGCGGAGCAGGACAAACUUUACCCUGGAACAGCUCAACGAGCUGGAGCGCCUGUUCGACGAGACGCACUACCCCGAUGCCUUCAUGCGGGAAGAGCUGAGCCAGAGGCUGGGACUGUCAGAGGCGAGAGUGCAGGUUUGGUUUCAAAACAGAAGAGCAAAAUGUCGAAAACAAGAAAACCAGAUGCAUAAAGACACUCCUUCCUACUUUCCAGGUGUCAUUAUGGGCACUGCCAGUCAUCUGGAUGCCUGCAGAGUAGCGCCAUACGUCAACAUGGGAGCUCUACGGAUGCCUUUUCAACAGGUCCAGGCCCAGCUCCAGUUGGAGGGCGUGGCUCACUCCCACCAUCACCUGCACCAUCACCUGGCAGCGCACGCACCCUACCUGAUGUUCCCGCCCCCACCCUUCGGACUUCCAAUCGCCUCGCUCGCGGACUCAGCCUCUGCUGCGGCGGCCGUGGCAGCGGCUGCCAAGAGCAACAGCAAGAACUCUAGCAUCGCCGAUCUCCGACUCAAGGCAGGACUUCUGCGGGGCCAGUGGCUCAGUCCACUCCAGGCACACAUCACAAGUCCAGGACCAUACAAACACAUGUGGAUGUCUGUCUGAGCCGAGGGACAGGGCCAGGGCCAGGACAGGCUAAACCAGGCCAGACCAGAACGGGAGACUUUAGAACAAAGCAAACUGGCAAAGCAAGCAAGCAGUGCUAAAUACUAGAGCCUCACUGAAUCCGAUGCCGUCACGUUGACUUUACAGACUGUUGCAUGUGUGAGAAAAGACACUGACACCACAAGGCAUCGGACCCGCUCUAAACUUUACACACAAAACAGACAAACUAAAAACUAAAAAAGAGAAAAGAAAUGGCCAUAAUCGUUGUGUGACCACUGUGUUGUUUCCUGCCGCUGCCCAGUGCAUGAGUUCUAUUGGAGGACUGCAGGCCUAUCAUGGAGCCUGGCCUUUAUGUUGUAUCUGAGCUAACGCCCCAACUCUGUUGUAUCACUGCCAUUCAAACCGCUCUCUAUACCCUCAUCCACAAGGUCAAUGGUCAUUUGGGUUUGAUUUCCUUUACGCUGUUGACUGACAGGAAGAAGCGAUUAGAAUCCCUUAUUUUUCUGCUUUCGGAGGAUGAAGAGUGUAAAUAUGAGUCCGAAAUACGUUUUUUAGCUUUUCUCCUCACAUUGUUCUCUCUCUCUAGCUUUCUUUCUUUCUUUCUUUCUUUCUUUCUUUCU